AUGUUGGGAGAUUUUAACGAGAUACUUCACAAUGGUGAAAAGCUAGGAGGACCCAGAAGAAGUGAAAAUUCCUUUGUGGAUUUCUCUAAUAUGCUACAGGCAAGUAGUAUGACAGAAUUGCCUAGUUCCGGUAACAACUUCACAUGGGGUGGUAGAAGAGGUUAUCUUUGGAUCCAAUGCAAACUUGAUAGCUGUUUCGGAAAUAAUGAUUGGUUUAACACCUUCCCAGCUUCUAACCAAAAAUUCCUUGAGAAAAAAGGCUCAGAUCACCGGCCAGUCUUAUUGAAGCUUUUCUCAUCUCAAGACUCUUACAGAGGAUCAUUCCGGUUUGACAAGAGAAUGUUACAUCAACCUCUGGUUUUAGAAUCAGUUCAACAAGCUUGGUAUCCUUCCUCUUCGUCCUUCGGUCAAUCGGUAUCUGAACGAUUACGAAGAUGCAGGGAAGCCUUGAGUAAUUGGAAAAGAGCCAAUAAUACGAAUGCAAAAGAGAAAAUCAACCAGAUCCAAGGAAAUAUUGAAGUAGAACAUGCGGCCAGGUAUCCAUCCUUUUCUUGCAUGGCAAAUCUGCAGAAAGAACUGGUGUUAGCUCACAUGGAAGAAGACAGCUUUUGGACAAAGAAGUGUAGAAGAAAGUGGCAUAAUUCUGGUGACAAAAACACCAAAUACUUUCACGCUUCAGUCAAAGCUGACAGGAACAUGAAUGAAGUGGAUAAACUGAUGGAUUCCAAUGGGAAAGUUCACUCGGCUAAAGCUUCAAAAGGAGAUAUAGCAGUGUCUUAUUUCCAGAAGCUAUUCACCACCUCGUACCCGGCCAACCCAUCUGAUCUUUUUGAGAAUUUCACCCCCAGGGUUACCUUGGAAAUGAAUGACAUCCUUUUAACAAAAGUAACAAGAGAAGAGGUUAGACUGGCAGUUUUCACGGUUAGAGCUUCCAGUGCACCAGGGGCUGAUGAUGGGUCUCUUUUUCCAACAAUACUGGGACAUAGUUGGUCCCCAGUUAACCUUAGAGAUCCUCAAUUUUUUUGA